CAGAAGGAGUCCAUUGAUAUUCAUGAGCGAUCGUACUAAACCGGUAAUUCUGUGUCCGUUUCGCGCAAACCGCCGCGUCAAACGACUCUGAACGACAAACGGCUGCUCGUGCCAAAGCUUCAGGGUGAUUAAUCGAUUAAUUGAAUACUAAAUACGCCGUUUCUGGUCACCAAGGGCGCGCGUGACGCGUCGGUGGGCGUGUCCGGCGAGCCAAACGUCACGCCUUCGUCAGCACGGACAAGCCGAACGCUACCGACGGAGUCCGCCGCGAAGAACCGUCUUCAGCAGCGCACUCGGCGGCGGGGAACCCGGGCGGAUCCAGAUGCGCGAGUGUUAACGCGGGAAAGCCUUCCGCGCCGAUCUCAGGGAAUCACGCGCCAUGGCUCGGGUCGGGAGCGGAGCGGACGGCGCGGAACCGGAGGAGGACUGUUUUGAAGAUGCUUUCGACCGCAUCCCGGUGGCGUCUAAGAUGGACCUGAGUACGUCUAUAGAGGAGUGCAGCAUGGCUCUCAACCUCGUCCUCAACAACAAGUUCUCUGAAGCGCUGGAUCUGCUCAGACCCUGGUCUAAGGACAGCAUGUAUCACGCUCUGGGCUACAGCAGUAUUCUGGUCAUGCAGGCCACCAUGACCUUCGAGCACAAGGACAUCCAGGCCGGGAUGGCCACCAUCAAAGAGGCCUUACAGACCUGCCAGAGGUUCAGGAAGAAGAACUCGGUGGUGGAGUCCAUCUCCAGCCUGAUGUCCAAACACUCGCCGGACAGCCUGAAAGCAGAGGAGAUGCAUGCCGAGAUCUGCUACGCUGAGUGUUUGCUGCAGAAAGCUACGCUAACAUUCGUUCAGGAUGAAAACAUGAUCAGUUUUAUUAAAGGAGGAAUCAAAAUACGCACAAGUUAUCAAAUCUACAAGGACUGCCAGAAUUUGUUGAACAUGUCUCAGGGAGUGGGCGGAGACAGUGAGGCCUUCAGACAGUUUGAGGGUGGAGUCAAGCUGGGGAUUGGCUCCUUCAACCUGAUGCUGUCUUUACUACCUGCAAGAAUCCUUCGACUGCUGGAGUUUAUCGGCUUCUCAGGGAACAGGGAGUUUGGUUUGUCUCAGCUGCGGGACGGCGCUGGCAGUCACAGUCUCAGAUCUAUCCUGUGUGUUCUGACGCUGCUCUUGUAUCACACCUACGUCUGUCUGAUUCUGGGCACCGGUGAAGGGAACCUGGUGGAGGCCGGGGCUUUAUUAGAGCCGUACAUAGAGCAGUUUCCACGGGGCUCCAUCAUCCUGUUUUACUCGGCUCGGAUCGCCCUGCUCAGGGGAAACUUUGAGAACGCGCUGGUGAAGUUUCAGGAGUGUAUCUCGGUGCAGCAGCAGUGGCGUCAGAUCCAUCACCUGUGUUACUGGGAGCUGAUGUGGUGUCACUCGUUCCAGCAGCAGUGGAGAGACGCGUAUCGAUACGCAGAUCUGCUGUGGAGAGAGAGCCGCUGGUCUAAAGCCAUCUAUGUUUAUCAGAAAGCUGCCAUCCUGAGCAUGAUGUCUGAGGAGGAGCUGAAGACGACUGGAGAGGAUGUUGUGGAGCUGUUCAGGCAGGUGGAGGGACUGAAGCAGCGGCUGGCCGGGAAAUCCAUCCCUACAGAGAAGUUCGCCAUCAGGAAGUCACGCAGAUACUCCUCAGCCACACCUGUUAAACUGGUGAUUCCUGCACUGGAAAUGAUGUACGUGUGGAAUGGCUUCACCAUUGUUGGAAAGCGUGCUGACGCCACUGAGAGUUUACUGAUCACCAUCGAGAGAGCAGAGGAGCAGCUGCGCAACGAUCCCGCCCCGUCUGAGUUCCACCCUGACGAUCAGUGUCUGGUUCAGAUGUUGAAAGGUUUGUGUUUGAAGCAUCUGGGCCGAUUGCUGCAGGCCGAGCUCUGCUUCACACAGGUGUUGAGCAGCGAGAAACGCAUCCGUUACGAUCACUAUCUGAUCCCCUUCACUCUCUAUGAGCUGGGUUUGCUCUACAAGCAGCAGGGCGACUACGUCAAAGCCACGCGCUUCAUCGAGGACGCCAAGUUGAAUUAUAAGGAUUAUUCGAUGGAGUCUCGUCUUCAUUUCCGGAUCCACGCGGCUCUCAGCAGCCUGAAGGGUUCUCCGACAAACUCGCCGUGACGAAGACCGACAAGCACAUCACGAGAAACACAUCCACCACCAUUUCAAACCAAAGUCACCUUCGGCCAUCAGUACUAGCGUCCGUGUACCUCAACAUCUCAACACUUAUUCGUCGUCGUUCGUUCUGAAUGCAGAGUUGUACGUUUGUUCAGCCAAUCAGACGGCUGGAGGAGCUCGCUGGCGUCCAAUCAGAAGACGGCUGCUGUAAUGAAUGUAACGUUUUACUCUGAAGACCAAAUCUGUUUGUCCGCUUGCGUCUUACAUCGUGUGCCUCUGUGUGUGUGUGUGUGUGUGUGUGUGUGUGUGUCGUUCGCUGCAAUAAGAGUCCUAGAGAUUAUUAUGCUGAUUACAAGUUUAGAAGCUACAAGCAAUUCACAAAAAUUUAUUUGAAAGCAAUAAUAAUCAGCCCACAAUCAUGCUGAGAAUAAACUGUACGAUUUUUUUUUUCUAGAAAGGGUUUCUGUUGUUGUUUAAACCGUAAUUACAAAAAAAAUGUUAUUUUACAAUGUUUUGAAUGUAGCGGGUGGGAAUUUUUUUUUUUUUUUGCAUGUACUUGUUUUAAUGUUUAAUACCAAAAAUAUGAUGUACAAUAAUCAAAUACAGUUGAUCCUAUUUUAUAAACGUAA